AUGUACAACUCACACCGUGGAAUGGGGCCUGCUCCAAACAGCCGCUUGAAUGAGCUGCUGGAUCAGGUCCGCGCCGAGUUUGAUCAGCAGCAGGCUAGAUCCAGCGAGUACGAACACAAAAUCAAUGCCCAGACUCAGGAGAUGGAUCUAGUAAGGCAGACUGUUUUUCAACUAGAAGCUGCGCAUGCUACAAUGAAACAAAAGUAUGAAGAGGAGAUCACUCGUCUCACACGGGAGCUGGAGGCACGCGGAGGAGCACAUGCCCCUCAACAUGGUUCUCAAAAUGCCGGUCCCUCGCAGCCUCCCCCUCCAGCUAUUGGGCACGGACCAAGAGAUUUGUUUGGUACAAUCAUGGCAGGCGGGGGUCCCAAUGGGCCACCGCUAGCACCGCCACAACAGCAAGAUCCACAGCAGCAGCAGCAUCACCCCCAAAUACCCCCACCACCACCAGCAGCCAUCCCACAAGGCCCCUCAAACCAACCGCCGCAGCAGCCACAGGCACAACAGGCGUACCAGCCACCUACCGGAUUUGUGAAUGGUUACGGUGGUGGUACUCCACAACCAGUUGCCUCCCCCGGCCCUGGCCCUGGUAAAGGUGGAAGGGGUGGAAGAGCUGGUCCAGUCGGCGGCGGCCCGGGUACACCUCAACAGAACAUGUGUACAUUCCCCCCCGAACGUGGAUCGCCCCGAAUUACGCGUCCGAGGUCUCCGCAGCCAUUGAACACGGCGCAAAUGAACGGCAAUGAUUUUUCAGGCAUAGACCCGGACCGUGUGCCAGCUAGUCAGAAGAAGGAGGGAGCAGAUUGGUUUGCUCUGUUCAACCCCAAGGUUCCUCGUCUCCUAGAUGUAGACCUCGUUCACACCCUUGAACAUAACAGUGUUGUCUGCUGUGUGAGAUUCAGCCAAGACGGUAAAUAUGUUGCCACGGGCUGCAAUCGCAGCGCUCAGAUUUUCGAUGUGAAGACUGGAAACAAGGUUUCGCAUCUACAAGAUGAGAGUGUGGACAGGGAUGGGGACUUGUACAUCCGAAGUGUCUGCUUCAGUCCUGAUGGAAGAUAUCUUGCUACUGGUGCUGAAGAUAAGCAAAUUCGGGUGUGGGACAUUCAAGGUCGUGUGAUUAAGCACACUUUCCACGGGCAUGAGCAAGAUAUCUACUCUCUUGAUUUCGCCAGGAAUGGAAGACAUAUCGCUUCAGGAAGUGGUGAUCGCACCGUUCGUGUCUGGGAUAUCGAAUCUGGUCAGAAUGUUCUCACACUUAGUAUCGAGGAUGGGGUUACGACUGUCGCUAUAUCUCCUGAUGGUAGAUACGUGGCCGCCGGAUCUCUUGACAAGAGUGUGCGUGUGUGGGAUGCCCAGACAGGUUAUCUUGUUGAAAGACUCGAAGGCGCCGAGGGACACAAGGACAGCGUGUACAGUGUCGCAUUUGCACCGAACGGAAGGGAUCUAGUCUCCGGAAGUUUGGAUAAAACAAUUAAGAUGUGGGAGUUGUCAGCAGCAAGGGGUUUGAUGCCGGGUGGCGGUACGAAUCGCGGAAAAUGCGUCAAAACGUUCGAGGGACACAAGGACUUUGUACUCAGUGUCGCUUUGACACCUGACGGCAACUGGGUUCUUAGUGGUUCCAAGGACCGUGGAGUACAAUUCUGGGACCCCCGAACUGCGAACGCGCAACUUAUGCUUCAGGGUCACAAGAAUUCAGUUAUCUCUGUUGCCCCAAGUCCUUCAGGGGGUCUCUUUGCAACUGGGAGCGGCGACAUGAGAGCAAGAAUUUGGAGUUACGAACCCUAUCACCAUCCUCCUCUAUGA